AUGAACGAAUUAAAGUCUCCAAAACUUUUGAAUGGUUUAGGGUAAAAAAAACAGCAGAAUGUACAAGACCAGAAUGACACGAGCCUGCUUUUGCAAUUGUUCCAAAAGAUUCAACCAGUUGAGAUUAUUAGAAUGAGUGUACUUAGAAUCCCCUAUAUUAGGAUUCCAAAAAAAAGAGCUAAUCCGUCCUAUACAUCUAUGAAGAUGAAUCUGAAUCCAAAUUCAAGGAGACCAUCAAAUACGGAGUCUUGGAAUACGAACAACAUCAAUACCAAUAAGCUUUAUUCUAAUUUAAAUAAGCAGAAUAAAUCCUAACUGCAAUAGCAAGUCCUCCUAUUCAUUAUUAACUAAUCAACAAAAUCAACAUCGGUACUCAUGCUUUAUAUUAAGGGUGUCUCAUUCUACGCCAUAGGAUGGUUGGAAAACGCCUUCACUUGUUUCGAAGAUACUAUUUUGAUAUUGAAGAAGUAUAUAAAUCAAACCACACAAGAGAGAAUCCUCUUAGACACUAUAAGACUCCAAUGUUUUCUACAAUGUUGCAUAAUUUUAUCAGAAAUUGGUUAGCAUCAUGAAGCACUGGCCAUCUCUAAAAUUGCAAUCAAAAAAGCAUUAAAGUUAAUGUUCGAUCUCCAUUCCCAUUCAGAGGAAUCCUUGCAGAAGAAACUCCUAGAAGAGAUAUUAAGAAAGUCCAUAGCCCUGCCCCAACUAAAGCCUAAAUAACAGGGAGUCAUUAUCACUUUCCCCUCCUCAAAAACACAACAAUUAACCCAAGAGAAUCUUCUGUAUAUCUUCAAAGAUUGUCCCACUUAAUAUAUAGAAAAAGCCAACAUCCUUAGUUACAUUUAGAUGACUCCCUUGAACUUCGAUUCCCUCCUCCUUCAAGUGAAUCCCAGCAAUCAACAGUUCCUCCAUAUUUUGUCCCUGUUUGUUAUCUCCCUAUAUUGCACUUCAACCGAAUCAAGAUUUAUUGAGCAAAUCUUAGAUCCAUUGCAAUUUACAGAAGCUGAGAAUUAUCUCUCCAGAGCAUUGGAGUUGGUUUACUUGUAUUUCCCCAAAGAUAUGCCCUUGGUCAACUAAUUGUUGAAUGUUCACAAUAGAUUUCAUGAUAUUUCCAAAUAAAUCAUCUAAGAAGAUGUUCAUCAAAAGCAUGAAUAAAAUUAUGAGAUUGUUCUUCUUAAACCUAUAUUAGAACCUUAAAAAUGUGGAUUUGUCAUUCCAAUCAUUCGUAAAUGUAUCUCAUUUCCAUAAUACUUUAGCAAAAUGUUCCUAUUUAAUUAAAGAGAGAGCAAUUUCCCUUAAAGAAUAAUAAUUCUAAAUAACAAAGGUUUAGAAUUUGAAUAUAGAUACAAAUACUUAUGAAGGUUCAAAACCUUAAAACAGGAAACUUAGAUCAAUUUCUACAACAAAUAAAAACAAACCUAACUCUCCAAAAUGGGGACUCAAUUAAGUUGCAGAAAUCUAUCUCAAAGAAAAGAAUGUAAGCAACCAUUAAAAUAUCAAUAUCACCAAUUUUAGAUAAACUCAUUUCAAAAGACCUUAAACUAAAGCAAGCUAAAAGUAAUACUGCUUUGAAAAACCAAGAUUUAACAUCAAUUUCUUAAUUAUCAAUAAUUUAAAUCACGUCUAAUUGCCACCAAAAAGAAAGAGAGGUACAUCAUUUAAUUUAGAAUCAAUUAAACCUCCUCAAACUGCUCAGAAUAGCGCAAAAGGGAACAAAGAAUUACUAAAAUCAUAUCAAAUGUAAACCAAAAUUAAAAAUCUAAUUAAAUCCUAUUAAAUAUGAUUUUAGUUUUAAUUGUUC